GUCGUUUCGCGAGUGAAUGAAUGGGCAGCCAUUUUUAAACUUCACACUCUACCGUAAAAAUUUAAAGCAAAAAAAUAAGCAGAGAGAAAAUGGCUCAGCAGAACAUAUUUGAAUUGAGUUCUGAAAGCGAAUGAUAUUAAAACGGAACGUGCACAUUAUUGAGCUACAAAGAGAAGUAGUUGAUUGUAAUAUCGGUUUUUAAAAAAAAAGAGUUUGGUUUUUUUGCGUCUUUUGUAGCGGACGGUAGAGUAGCGCAUUCACUUGAACACCGUGUGGGAUUUUUUUUAUAUUAAAAACGGUGAACUGUCAACACCUUGAAAAAUUGAAUAAGAAAUAAUGUACGUUCAAUUAUUCUCUCAUUAUUCUUGAAUAAUAGAAAUUAUCAUUGAAAUGUUUAUUGAAUGACUGCCGGUGAACAACGCUAGGUAAAAUUUGCGUUGCCAUACCGGAUACUUCGACUGCAAAAAGAGAUUAAAGUCAAGAGACGUACGUAGGCAUCAGCGAUGUCGAUUUUAAUAUGCGACAGGAUAGACACCAGAGAUAUCCUGGAAUGCCAGUGCUAAUGUCAAGUGAUCUUAAUAAUGGCAGAUAGUGUUCACAGAAAACCGCACAAGCUGCUGUCUGAUGGGAAUAGAAAGAUUGUAACUCCUGUGCAUCGAACAACGUCUGAAACUAUACGAUUGUCUGAUCCAGAUAAAUUACUACCACCAGCUAAUUUAGCUGUACAAAGUAAUUCAACUCCGAAUAAUAACCAGUGCCGUAAAAAGACUUCCUCCUUCCAAAUAACGAGCGUCACAGUCGCUUGCCGCAUGAGCAACGAUGCUGGAGAGGAUUCGAACGACGACUUGGAUGAGUCGCACACUGAGGACAAUUCCGUGGAGCAUUCACGGAUCACGGACCUUGAGACGCCGAGCUAUUCAGAAGACACGUUCUCCAAGGAAGACGUCUUCUUCAACACGAGUAACGUGGCCCUCGGCACGGCGCCGGUGAUCCCAACCAGCUCCCAAUACGGCCUCGCAAUAGUGCCGUCCGAAGGGAGCAACGUCAGCAACUCUGUCAACGAAAACAACAUUAACAAUUUGGACAUUGCCUCUGUCACGGACAACAACAUCAUCAACCUGAUUUCCGCGGGCGCAAAGCAGGACCCCGAACUCCGCGAGGUUCACUCUCACGGCAGGAACGAGCGGUUCAAAGUUGUCAAAAUCGAAAGUACCGAGCCUUUCAAGCGUGGACGAUGGACGUGUAUGGACUACCUCGACCACACUUCGGUCAAUCAGUCCAAUGUCAUUGGAGGUGCCAAAGUUCCCGAUCCGAACGAGGUGUGCAUAUCGUACGGAGUCACGGACAGUGGAAUCGUCGUGCCUGAUGCACUCAAGCAGAAUGCCGUUGGGGACGAGAAAGGUAGAAGCUUGGACUUGAAUGGUCAUGUAACUCAUCAAGAACUGCACGGAAUGAUGGGAAUGGCGGGCGGAGCUGGAACAAUACCUGGAGCGAGUUAUGCAAUGAACAAUUCAAUUGCUCAGAAUAUACAGCAUAACGCAGUGCAGGUUCAGUCUCAGAAUCAGGUUCCCCAGUACUUCCAGUCGUCGAAUUUAGCCUCUCAACAACAACCACCCGGAAGUCAAGGGUCGACCCUGCCCGCCAACCUGCAGUCCAACCUUCCCAACAGCCUCGGCCAUCCGCAGAGCAUGCCCCAAGGCUCCAUCUCCAUUCUUCCUCAAGCCAGCAACGGCGUGCCAACUCAAGCGAACUUAGCCCUAUCGAAGGAUGAAACCUACGUGACAGUCAACUCGCAAGGCCAAUCUCUGCCAGCAACAAAUGUAUGCCCCCCCAAUUUUGUCCAGCAACCUUCAAUACCAACCUCCCAGCCCAACAUACAGCUCUCGCAUCAGCCCCAACAACCGCAGCAUCCACAACAACAACAACAACAACAGCCACAACUCUCCCAACAACCCCAACACUCACCACAAGUUCAGCAUUCUCAACAAGUUCAACAUUCUCAGCAGCAAGUUCAACAUUCUCAACAAAUCCCCCACCCAACAAUCCCCCAACAGGUCCAACAUCCCCAGCAAGUCCAACACCAGCAGCAGGUUCAACUUCCCCAACAAGUGCAACAACACCCCCAACAAGUGCAACAUCCUCAACAAGUGCAACACCAACAGCAAGUUCAAAUACCCCAUUCCCACCCCCAACAACAAGUUCAACAACAACAGCAACAACAACAACAACAACACCCCCAACACAUUCAACAAAUGCAACAAAUCCCCCAAAUGACACAAAUCUCCGAGCCAAUGACAUCCGCCAUGCAGGGAAUGCAGGGCAUUCAAAAUAUUCACCAAGUUCCUCAAUCUGGCGCCCAGUCACAGUCAUCGAUUCACAUUCCUGGCGCGCCAUUGCAAACGCAGGUUAUUAAUCAAAGCCAAAUGCAACCGCAGGGCAGUAAUCCCCAAGUACAGAUGACGCAAGUUCCUGCCAAUUGUCAAAGUGUGCCAGUCGGGGCAAUCGGUGGCAUUCAACAAGGGAACAUGACGUUCCAUCAAACUGACCAGGAGCAGGACUCCAUUUCGAACAUUCAGGUUGUGUCUGGAGCACAAUCGACCGAACAAGCGGUUGGCGAGACGCUCGCCGAAGUCACGCAGAAUGCUGAUGAUCAGCCACCUGUCGAAGACACUGAAAGUAUGUCGGGAACAAGCGCCGUAGCUAUUGAUAAUAAAAUUGAACAAGCUAUGGACUUGGUAAAGAGUCAUCUAAUGUAUGCUGUGCGAGAAGAAGUUGAAGUGUUGAAAGAAAAAAUAGCCGAACUGAUGGAUCGCAUUAAUCUAUUGGAAGCUGAAAAUUCAAUUUUAAAAGCUCACGCUUCGCCUGACACCUUGGCUCAACUAAGUCAAGUGACCACAAAAUUAUCCUUAAACAACACUGGCAGUGGUCAGUAGUUUACCCAUUGUACAUAAGUUUCUCAUGAUACUUUCUGAAGUACAUAACGGAUAAUAUAAUUAUUGUAUAUAUAACUCUGCGAUUUUUAGAAAUUUAUAAAUAAUGAGAUUUAUUAUAUAUAUUAUAUAUAUUAGCGUUAGUAUUUUUUUUAAGUAAAUUAAAGAUAAUAGAUUAUUUUUUACUCUUUCAGUUAUACGUUUAGGAAAUACAUAUUUAAACUGCUGUAAAUUCAAAUAUUUUUCAUUUUUCAAAAUGGACGCUAUAUUUUAAGUGGCUUGCGAGGAACACGCAAGUGAAAACAGCCAAUCGAAAAUUCAUUUUAACAAAUUUUUCAUAUUUUAAUCCGUGUUUUGUUGUUUUUAUUAUUUUCUUUCAAAGAAACAAAGCAAAGAAUUGAUUUUUCUUUAUUAAAAAAAAAAAAAAAUUAGACCCGGGAUUUUUUUUCUCUUUUUUUUUUAAAACAGUUCUUGCAUUUAAUUUAAAAUUAAAUUGCUUCUCUCGUACUCGUCUAUAAUUUUUUUUUGUGUUGUACAUAUGUAUUUCUUGGAAAUGGUGCGUAACACGUGAAGGGAAAAAAAAUUCAAUUCUCAUGCUUUUUCACUUACAAGGUGCAUCUCGUUUUACGAACUUAAUCUACGUCUUCUGUUACGUCUGGUACACGCCUAAUAAAAGAUUUUUAAUCGUA